AUGCCUCCUCAGCUAUUACCGGCCUCGGCUGCGGCCUUUGCGCCCAGGGCUUCCUCAGUCAACGUGGUGUUGGGCUCCAAGGUUGAGCCGUGGCUUACACAGACCCUUAAGCGCGUCAACAGGGUGAAGCGUCCCCUCAACAGCGUACCUCAGCACCAGCGAUGCCUUACCGAGAUUCUUUCGUCACCCAACGCUUACUGGACGUUAACGUCAGUCAUGCUCCCCAAGGCACCCGAGACUGAACUACGCAGGGAUCCCAACCCUUUGGUGGAGGCACUCUUCAACUACCAGCUCCUCCACGUCGAAGCUUACAUCGUCCACGUCGACAUGGUCCUCCGCAAUGAGGCCAACACCUACGACUGGCCGGAGAAGGAGCAGCAAUGCAAGAAGCUUCACGAGGACUUUGUGCAAGCCAUCAACAGGUUCGUCUACCGCACACACGUUUCGGCUCUCGAGGGCCUAGAAGAGGGAGGCGUCGGCGAGCUGCUUUGCGGCAAGAGCGAAGAGGUCAAGAACUCGAUUGAGGGCCUGAUGAAGCACUCUCCCGUCACUAUGGCCAUGUGGUCUCAGCCCACCCCUGCUACUAGCCUUCCCGCUGUGGAGGCCUGGAGGAUAUUGCCGUCUAGCCCAAGUGUUGCCUCGACGUCUGGCGACUCGAACGGCUCUCUUUGGGUGACGAUGGGCAUGAGCGAGGUGCAAAUCCCAUCCCCGACGCCCGCCUACAGCGCCCCGUUCUCGGCUCCCGGUCUGUACUACAGCUCCCCGACCGUGACGGCCGGCAUCUCCGCCGCGUUACCGCUACCUAGCAUGUUGGCGCCGGCGCAAUGCGGAGUCCACACGGGCUACGGCAACUUUGGUUGGGAUCGCUACCAGGAGUACACGUCGAUAAUGUGA